AGAUGGGCUACAGAUUAUAGUUAUGACUAGGAUCAUAGCUCUGUAAAUGCUUGGGUCCUCGUCCGGGGACUCGAUGCAAGUGAUGCAUGCACUGUACCUUGCUUCUAUAGAUGUUGGGCUUGGAGGGGUGGUUGGAACGGAACAUACAAGCAUGGCAAGGUCGCUCGGAGUUUAAGGAUCCCAACUUCCCCCCACGUCCGCGUGGUCGAUUCGGUUUAUGGCUGCAGGUACUGUACCUUGCUGCUUUCACGGACACAAACGGGAUGGUUGUUUGCUCGGGUGAUGGAAUAUUCUCUUGCACGAUCGAUGCAAGGGUGCUCGACUGUGACACUCUACGAUACUCGGUGACAGAGCAGGCAGCGAGGAAUGUAUCUGCUUUGGCUUACAGCCAGCCAGCCUUCGAGCAAUCGCCCAAGUUACUGCUCGAAUCCAUAUCUCGAGUUAUCGGCAAGCUAGGAUCACUUCCUCCGAUUGUCUCGAUAGAGCUGCUUGUGGGACUGAGGACCACUGCUAUGCGACCAUGAGCUGAGCAGCAUGUGCGUCAGAGCCCCUCAUUAUCAGUGAGCGACACAUUCCCGGCUCUGACAUGCACUGACUAUCUGGUCCAAUGGCAUCCAGACCCCGUCAGUUCCUCAUCUCAUCCCUAGAAAGCACAGGCGACGCAGGCAAGUGGUGCAGGCAUUCAAAUCAGUCUCCCUGCAGAUCAGUCGUUGGUCAAUCGAGAGCCGAGAACUUUAUACUUGGUGCCAACAUCCUCAAGCCCAGCGCAUGACCUCAAUUGUUGCAAGGCCAUAGGUCGGAUGGGCUGCAAAACACCC